UAUUUUUAUUUUUUGCACACCAAUUUUAUUUUCGGUCUUCUAAAUGUAUGUGUAAAAUCUAUCUUGAAGUUAUAUUUCCAUUUUAAAAAAGGGACUUAAGCAACACUUGUUGUAUAAGCGCCGUCUUCUUGCUCUGCGUUUCCGUUCGCACUUAAGCAAUAGCAUUUCUCUUGUGCCCAGCGACUCUAUGCGUUUCUCGACCAAUCCCCGCCAACUGUUUAAGCUGGGCUAGGGUUUUAAGGUCUCGAAUCGAAUUGGUAGACAUUAGAGAAACUCCCAGGAUUUGAAGCUGAAUUGGUAGAGCGGCAUGGGAUUUGAUAAUGAGUGCAUAUUGAAUAUCCAGUCUCUUGCUGGAGAGUACUUUUGUCCAGUUUGUCGUCUGCUUGUUUACCCAAAUGAAGCGCUACAGUCGCAAUGUACUCAUCUCUACUGCAAGCCCUGUUUGACAUACGUUGUGAGCACCACCCAGGCUUGCCCAUAUGACGGCUACUUAGUUACAGAAGCAGAUGCCAAGCCACUUACUGAGUCAAAUAAGGCCCUCGCUGAAACCAUUGGAAAAAUACCAGUUCAUUGCCUUUUCCACAGGAGUGGAUGCACAUGGCAGGGACCAUUAUCCGAGUGCACACCUCAUUGUUCUGGAUGUGCCUUUGGAAAUUCUCCUGUAGUAUGCAACAGGUGUGGAGUCCAAAUUGUACAUCGUCAAGUGCAGGAACAUGGGCAAACUUGCUCUGGUGUCCAGCCAGCGCAGCAGGCACAGAGUGCUCUAGACACUUCAGCUUCUGGCACAUCAGCAGCUACUGCUGAUCAAACCCAGGCCGCGAUUCAAACAGGAAUAACUACAUCUCAGGCCUUGGUUUCUCAAACUACAACUGCACCUGGAUCUGAUCCAACUCAGGAACAAAACUCAACAGCAACAAUAUCAACAGUACUACCAGCAGUAUCCUGGAUAUGA